AUGGAACCAGAAGCUGAAGACCCAGAAAACAAUGAUAACUUGGUCCCAUGGUCAGGUUCAGAAGAUUCCCAAGAACUUUGUGUGUCUGAUUCCUUGGCAGAGUCCUACAAUGAAGAUGGUGUCAGUGAUGCAGAGUACCCUUUAGACCCAAAGCCUGCUCAUAUCCCAAAAUCUGACCUAGAGUCCCUUGAGUGCCUUCAAUCACAAGAUUGGGAAUCUGCAUAUGAGCAACAGUCCCUGCCUGAUCUCAGCGGAAGUGAAGAGGAUGUUUCAUACCAAGAAGAUCAUGACAUCUACUUUAGUGAAUCAAGAGAGUCGAUUACAGAGUCUCCUCACAUCCAAACUUCGCCAACAUCAUUGUCCUCACAACCAAAGCGUCCUGACCCUGAUCCUGAGCCUCACACUGGCCAUAUAUCACGACCACACUCUCAGUCAUCUUCAUCCCCUCUUGCCUGUGCUGCUGAUAUGACCCUGGCCUUGACCCUGACCGCAGAGCAGCCCCUGGGAGCCAUCAAUAGGCAGGGCCAAGAAUCUGGGAACAGGAGGGUUGAAUCUUCAGAGGAAGGAGGGAGUAGUGAAGCACCUCCUGCUUCUGUCUUCUUUGGAAUUUCAGGCGAGGGUGCUGAGCAGGCAGAGAAGUGGAACUCAGAGUCUGACACAGAUCUGUGCAGACGGGACAGGCGCAGGGCAAGGUACACACGGCUCGGUCACAAGGAAAGCCAAUCAGAAAGACACAUCAAGGAAACAAAGUCUAAAUGUAAGCGAAUUGCUCGCCUUCUAACUGAUGCACCCAACCCUCAAAAUAAGGGAGCCUUGCUGUUUAAAAAACGUCAGCAAAGGGUCAAGAAGUACACACUUGUGAGUUACGGGACUGGUGACAACAAGCUUGACAGCCAAGACCAAAUUGAAGAAGAGGCUGAAGUCAGAGCAGCUGGGUAUAACUUUGUGGCAACAAGUGACUCAGAGUUAGAGGAGGAAUACUCUGUUUAUCACCACCAGCAUAAGUUAAGUUCGAAUUGGGGAAGUAUUCGAGAAAUGGAAGCGCUACCAGAAACACAAGGGAAGGGAGUUUUCAUGUUUGCCCAACGUCGCAAACGGAUGGAUGACAUUGUGUCAGAGCAAGAAGAACUCAGGAGUAAAGGAUUACCUGAGGAAGCAUUAACAGAGUCUGAGUUUACAGAAGUACAGAAUAUAUAUGACACCAGGGAACUGUAUGCGCAUACUGAUCAAGCCACCUACAUGGAUGCAAAUGUCAAGCAGCAGGUAGAAUACCAAGAAAAUAUUCAACAGGUAAACCACCUAUCCAAUGUGCCAAGACCGUUGGUGCCAAACAGAACUGCAAGGCCCUUCCUAGGAUUUCAAGAUAGAUCAUCUGCUCCUGCUGAGCCUGGUGCAGUUUCUCCAAUGCAAAUGAAGCAAGAACCAAGAUUCAAAGUAUCUGUGCCUGUUAACACUAGCCCGCAGGUUUGGUCUCCAACUGGAGAUAUCAUAGCCUCAAGAGAUGAGCGGAUAUCUGUGCCAGCAAUUAAGACCGGCAUCCUUCCAGAGUCAAAAAGGAAAGGCAUUAAUAAAAAACAAGCAGCACUUAAGAAAGAAUCAGAUCCUCAUCUUCAAAACAAAGGGGACAGGAGAUCUUAUAUUGAGUCAGAGGAGGACUGUUUUAGUCUCGGUGCUGAAGCUUGUAACUUCAUGCAACCCAGAACAAUAAAACUCAAGCAUCCCCCUCCAGUUGCUCCAAAACCUACCAUCAACCCAAACUGCCCACCUUGGUUGAGAGGUCCUUCUAGUGAGCCCUAUAUCCCACCAAGAAGUCCAGUUUCAGUACCCUCUCACAGUCCUGUGGGGCCUCAUAGUCAGCAUUUCUUACAACAGCAAGAUUGGGCUCAGCCCCAAGAGAUGGCCAACCGCUGGGCACCAGAUCAAGCUCAGGCAACACUUCAAACACCUGCCAGCGCCUGGACACCGGUCAACUCCUCUUCUCAGCUUCAUCUUCAGCCAACCACAAAUAGCUGGAGUCAACAGCCGUCACGAUCCCCUGUGAGUAUGCAGGCCCACAGUCCUACUUACAGCCCACAUCACCCACCAUCACCCACAAGGAGUAAGUCGGACACUGUGCUAAACUCGGUUGCCUCUUAUCCACCACAAGCAGGGAAGUCUUAUACCCAUGCAUCAAAAGCAUCACAGGAAUCUCCUAAGGGUCAAGUCUCAAACAGAGGUAUUAAUCGGGCUGGUGAUGGGCCAACUAUUGCGGGAAAAGGUGCAGAGUUGUUUGCCAGAAGACAGUCCCGUAUGGAGAAGUUUGUUGUUGAUGCUGAGACCGUGCAAGCUAACAAAACAAGAUCCCCUUCCCCCACGCCGUCCCUACCUAACUACUGGAGGUAUUCAUCCAAUGUUCGUGCUCCACCACCUUUAUCAUACAAUCCUCUUCUUGCCCCUUUCUACCCUCCAUCAGCAUUAAAACAAGCCCCUUCCACUAGUCCCAAAAUUCAGCCUAAGACCAAAGCGAAACCUAAAGCACCCCCAAAGCACCUCAACGCCUUAGAUAUUAUGAAACAUCAGCCUUAUAAGUUGGACUCAUCACUGUUUACGUAUGAUGCAUUCAGUGAUGCCAAAAGCCCCAGCCCUAAACCAACUCCAGCAUCAAAGUUUGAGGCUGUCAAAACCUUAAAACAUAGAUCUGCCCCCACUUAUUCUACCUAUACUGCCUCUGAGAUUGGUGUUGAAAACAAGUCUGAAGCCCGUGCUAAGUCCUCUGGAUCGGUAAGUUCCCAAGAUCUUUCUGUUGGCCAAAACGCCAGAUCAGCUGAGCCCCUUGCAACUGGCAAGUCCUUGGAUGAAAAGCACACUGUCACACCUGCUUUCCUUCACAUAAGCAACAAGCUAGUACCGAGCGCUCGACCUGCAAGCUCAACCUCACAGCAUUCAUCUACUGGUGACAGCUUAGCUUCAGCUUAUUCUCCUGCAUCUCUUAUUGCUAGGGGCGCACUUCAAAUGGCUCCUUGGCCAAAGUUUUCUGCUAAGAAGCCAGCAGUGACAGGCAAACACUGGAAGCCUGUUGCUAUGAUUCAUUAGUUAUAACACUGUAUAUAUGGUCAUGCUUAGGUUUAGUCAACACAGACAUUAGCUGACAAUUACAUCUUCAACUUGGUGGCAUUUAGAAAAUGUCUUACUUGACAAAAGAAAUAUAGAGAGACUUUUGCACUGUCUAAACGUGGGACACAGCAUGCUGCUUUGUGGAUAUAUUUAGCUGGCAAUGCAGAAAAACAUAAAAAGCAGUUGAAUGUACAAAGCUACUGUAGCUUUAAACAUAUAAAUUUUGCACAUUACAUCAUCUUCCUGAAACUUCAGAGUUGCAUGUGUGCUUCAAACAGGAAAAGUGAGAGUAAAUAAUGUUGAGUGAUUCACAGGAAGUGCUUUUACAUGUGCAAUAAUGUGUGCAGGGAGCCUUUAGUAUUUUGUUGUCGUUUUUUUUAAUGAGAUCACAUGCAUAUUUAUCUGUAGUAAACUCCAAGAAUAUAAAAAUCCAUAACAUUUAAUACACUUUAAUCAAAUAUAUAAAUAAACGUCAUAAUUAUGUCCUCUGGGAUACCAGUAAAUCAUGUAUUUACUCAUAAUUUAGUGUGUUUGGGGAGAAACUGUAAAUGCACUUCUUUUUUUGGAUGCAUACUAUUUGCAAUUCCUUCAGUCUCAUUCCUCACAACAACUAAAAGCAUUAAUGGUAGUUGUGAUAAUUUAACCCUGAUUACUUUAAAUGUUUUUUAUUUAUUUAUAUGGAUAUAUUUUUUUCAGUUAUGGCCAGUUAUUUAACUGUCUGUAAAGUCAUUAGGCAUUCUGUAUCCUCAUUUUUGAUGUAAAACAUGACAAAGUUAUCACCGAUAUUUGAGUAUUCUUCUAUUGAUAUUGACAUAUUAACAAUAGCAACUCAAAAUGAAAAUAGGAAACAAUUGUCUUCUUUUUCUUUGUCUCUGUCUUUACUGCACAUCUUGAACUCAGCAUAGUCAUGCUAUUAAAUUUCUCUUUCCUCCUU